GCAAGUUGCAGAGUUCAACAGGGACCUGAACUUGAAGCCUGAAGGUCGCACAUUUUUCUCCUUCUUUCCUUGUCUGGGCAUGAGAAGGGCAAUCGGACCUGAUGUGGCUGUCCUAGAGGCAAGAAACAGCUGGUAUGGGGGUGGAAAGUAUCAGGAGGUGGUGACAGUGUUCGACUGGCUCUUCAAUUUGCAACUUUGCUUGGGUAUCCUUAACUGUUCCAACCAGAUUUCCAGAAUGGCUGACCAAUCUGCAGGGCCCUCCAUUAGAACCCCUGGGAUAUCCACCCCCUUCCCUCCUAUGUCACCCCUCCCGUCGAUGGAUGUCUUAAUGCACUCUCCAGGCCUUCUUUACAGCUCCCCAGGCCAGGACGGAAAGCCCUCCGACGAUGGUGCGCCACCUGUCGAGAAAGCACUUUCAAGAGAGGUCACCUUGUCAAAGUUAGAUCAAGCGGACAAACUCAUCUCUGAGGUGCGGAAGGGCGCUGAGGAUCUGAUAGCCGCACUGCGAGAGACCGCCCGGAUGACAUCAACGCCAGCUGGCCCUCUCGUGAAAGAGCCACCUGGCAGUGGUCGGAAGAGGGCUUUAAGUUUGUUGGACGACGCGACAGCUGUCAAACGAGCCAGAAUUGCAAGCGCGGAAGAAAAUAAGCAGCCCGAACAGGCUGAUGUCAGCACGGAGGAUGAUGCUGAGGUCACGCCCGUGUCGCUUGUCAUCAGCAAAGUGGAGGCUGCAUUGGCGGAGCUAGCGGGGCUUGGGAGGGAGCUCACAGAAGCGGGGGUUUCGUUUCUGCCCAGCACCGUGGGGGGCGCUAAAGCAGAGCCAGACGGGGAGUUUGCGGCACGGGAAUGGGACGCUCUAGUUGCGGAGAGAAAGGCAAAGGAUGAGUUGGACAAUGUGCAAGCGGCGCUGCGGAAGGUGCACCUGCAAUUGAGACAGCGGUUUGAGGAUGACCGGGAGACCGUGUGGGAGAUCGACAAAGUCAUGAAGGGCCUGAGCGCCGCAGAUCCGGACAGAGUCUCCGGGGUUUUGCAACUACUGAGGGAGAAUGGGGUGCUCGAAGGUGAAGAGCCAGCUCGAGACAAUUCGAAAAUUGAGCAGCUAGAGCGGGUGCAAAAGGUGGCGGGGUGGAUGGAGAUGGAACUGGUCGGCGAGACUGGAAAGGUGCUUUGGCACAGUUCAGGGGGAGGGUCUGCGGUGGGGGGUUCAGAUGAGGGAGAGGGGAAGGGGGGGGUAUUUGAGGAGCGGCCGGCCUCUCUACGAUGCCUGCUUCCAGGGGUGCUGCGUGCCACACUUGGGGUCUCAAAAGAGGGGCAGGCGACAACCGUCUCUGUGACAGAGGCUACGCAGGCAACUGCGCAUCAUACUCGGGCAGGUCACAACGUUUUUCAAGACGUGACGAACAUUGCCACGAGUGCUCUCUUUCACUUCAAGUCCCAACGUCCAGAAACCGCCUUGGAACGAUUCUUGGUCUGGCUGGCCAGCUACAGGAGUCUCUUUACACAACGCUGCAAUGCUUGCGGUAAGGUGCUCGCGCACGACCCGCGCUGCAACAUGCUCCUGCCUCCGGUGAUGCGGCCGUUCAAGGCAAUACUUGCGAGCAAUGCCCGGGAGAGAGAGGCGCUCCACUCGUUUUGCCACCUCCAACGCUUUGCUUACGUUUGACCCUGCGCGCUUUGGGCCAGAGGGGACGGGUUUCAAGGUCCCAUUUGAGGGUGAAGAAUCCACGAAGACUUUCGAUCUUGCCCCGUUGUACGGAGGCACGAGACCCGGCCGCCCCAUCAGCCCGUUAGAGAGUUACAUUGCCGUCUUUGGUCUCGUCCAGUGACUCGCUGUUUUUUGGAGUGCUUUUGUACCCGGCCUCUCAGAAGGAGGUCAUUCUCAGCAGCUCAAUCUGGAUGUCCUACCAUAGGCAUGGUUCGGUGACUUUUUCAGGGUGGCUUCAACGUCAAAACCUGUGUUGCAAAGACAUGCGGACUGGCCCUCUGAUGCGGUCCUCCUGCGGACCUUCAAAAAGCUUGACUUUGCACAAUCUGGUG